CAAUGCUCUAAUAAGGCAGUUAAAGAUUUUACCAAUGACCAUUUUAAGUAUGUAUCUAUGCAAAAUUGACUUUCUUAAACUACUCUUGAAUAUGAUGAUGAGGCUCAAUGAAAACCCUUCACACAUUCACUACUAUAAAUACAUAAAGAAAUGACUGCAAAACAAAUCAAAUCAAUAACUUAAAAACAUAAACAAAAGAAAAAAAAAUGGGUAGGAGAAAGAUUAAGAUGGAGAAAGUGCAAGACACAAACACAAAGCAAGUCACGUUUUCAAAACGUAGACUUGGUUUGUUCAAGAAAGCUGGUGAGCUUGCGACUCUGUGCAACGCCGAGGUUGGUAUCAUGGUCUUCUCUCCCGGAAACAAACCUUACCCCUACGGGAGUCCGAGCUUUGAACUGGUUGCAGAGCGCUACAACAACGAGUCAGAAGACUCGGACAGCUGCGAGACAUCAGGCAACGGUAGAGGCAACCGGGCUAGGCAAGAGAAAAGGAUAUGCAAACGUCUCAACUCGAUCAUGGAGCAAGUUGAAGCUGAGAAGAAGCGAGGGGAAGAUUUUGAGCAUCAGCUUGAAACUGCUGGUGGAGAAGAGAGGUUCGACAAGCCCAUUGAAGAGCUUUCCCUUGAGGAGCUUGAGGAGUAUGAAGGUAAGAUGAUGGACAUGCUUGAUAAUAUUCAAGGUAACAUUAGUGGUAUGGAAGUUUCGUCUACUCUUGUGAUCAUGUCUAAGGAUACUCAAAAUAAGUAGACAGAGAUAUCGUUGUGCUGCUGAUCUUUUAAAGUCUUUGUUUCCUUUUACUUUUAUGUUAAGACAUGUAAUAAAUUGGUUAUGAUCUAUUAUUGGUUGUAACUUUUGGUUU